ACACGCGCGGCGCUUCAUCAAAAACCGGAUAACGUCCACGUGAUUAUCGAGGAGUCUUUCUUGAUCUACGGGAUAUUCUUUCGUUGUGACAUGUCUGACGAGUGAGAUAGAUAGACGAUUCAUCGAUGCGGAUCUGGAAUCGAAGGACACCCUCCAGUAGAACCAUGUUACGGUUUCUGAUCGUCCUCUUCCUGAUGGUUGCGAAACCAUGCAGCGGCGGUCAUCCGUAUCCCAUCAAGAUCGGUGCGAUUUUCCACGACGGCGACGAGCUGCACAAGAGGGUGUUCGAGUACGCGGUCACGAAGCUGAAGGACGAGCGCGUCGCACCUGUGUUCGAGCUGCAACCGAUCGUAAAGUGGAUAAACGUCAGUACCGACAGCUUCAACACGGCCGCGGCCGCAUGUCAACUGCUGGAGGAGGGUGUGGCGGCCAUCUUCGGACCGGGGAGCACACACACACGCGGCGUCGUCUCCAGCAUCGCGGCGCAUUUCGACGUCCCCCACAUCGAGUUCGCCUGGCGCCGCAUCGAAGACGCAUUUCCACCCGCCAACAAUGUCAAUGUCCAUCCAAACAGUAAAAGCGUCUCGGAAGCGAUAGCCGAGGUACUGAAGGCUGUGGAAUGGCGUCAAUUUACGGCAAUCUACAAAACGCAAGAUGGACUGUCACGCAUUCAAGAUGCUCUUUUAUUGCACGGACCACAGGACUUUCCUGUCAGCAUACUUCAUUUGGGAGAUGGUCCCGACUAUCGACACUUGUUAAAAGAUGUUGCUUCAUCUAACAAGUUCAAUAUCAUUGUAGACGUGGAGAACCCUUACAUCACGGAUGUAUUAAGACAGGCGAGGGAAGUCAAGCUUUUCGAAGACUAUUAUAACUAUAUUAUCACUGACUUGGACAUAACUACAACGGGCAUCCUUGAUGUAAUUAACGAAUCAAGAGCCAACAUCACGGGGUUCCGUCUGCUGACCGAUGAAAUCGAUGUCAUCAGUACGGAGCUUAACUCCAACAUCCAGGCUGAACAGGCUAUUCUCUACGACUCCGUGAAUAUGUUGUACGAUGUUCUGGAAGUCCUGUACAUCCGAAAUCAGAACAGCGAAGAACCGGUGAAGAUCGAACCUACAGCGCUAUCUUGCGGUGGAACGGACAAGUACGAAGCCGGACCUACAAUUCUCAGCAUGAUACACGAACUAACCAAGAUCGGAAAAACCACCGGCGUAAUGACAUUUGAUGAAACCGGUCAGAGGGACUUUGAACUUCAAAUCGUGGAGAUUCAACAGAAGCACUUUGUGCAGACUGCAAUCUGGGACAAAGAUGGUCUACGAUUUACUCGAAGUAGCGAAGAACGCGAGACCGACACCGCGAAAAGUAUGGAGGACAAAUUGUUCAGAGUUACCACGAGGGAGGGUGCACCUUUCAUGAUGGAAGUGACAGAUGGUCCUACAAGAGGCAUCAUGAUCGAUAACAAAUGGUGGGAAGGUUACAGCAUAGACCUGAUUGACGAAAUUGCCAAAAUGCUCAAUUUCAAGUACAAGUUUGAAUUAGUACCCGAUGGAAAGUACGGGUCAUACAAUAAGAAGACAAAAACCUGGGACGGACUUGUCAAAAGGCUGUUAGAUCACGCUGCUGAUCUGGCGCUAUGCGAUUUAACCAUUACAUCCGAAAGAAAACAAGCGGUAGACUUCACGAUGCCGUUUAUGAAUCUCGGUAUUAGCAUUUUGUACAGAAAACCAGAAGUCAAGCCACCUAGUUUGUUCUCCUUCUUGUCUCCACUAUCAACGGAUGUCUGGAUCUACAUGGCGACUGCCUACUUAGGCGUCUCUCUUAUGCUUUUCAUUCAAGCCAGAAUGGCCCCAAGCGAGUGGGAUAAUCCUCACCCGUGCAAUCCUGAACCUACAGAGCUGGAAAACAAUUUCAAUUUGAAGAACUCGUUAUGGCUUACCAUAGGCUCUCUGAUGCAACAGGGCUCAGACGUCUUACCAAAGGCACCAUCGAUUCGGAUGGUAGCCGGAAUGUGGUGGUUCUUCGUGCUUAUCAUGGUAUCGUCGUAUACUGCUAACUUGGCUGCUUUCUUAACGAUGACAAAGAUGGAGGUAACGAUCGAAAGUGCCGAAGAUCUUGCCAAGCAGACCAAGAUCAAGUACGGUGCUGUCAAAGGAGGAUCAACGUCGUCGUUCUUCAGAGAUUCUAAUUUUUCCACGUACCAGAGAAUGUGGACGGCAAUGGCGGAUGCCAAACCAAGUGUCUUUACUGCCACUAACGACGAGGGGGUAGAUCGCGUAAUUAAGGGUAAAGGAGAUUACGCUUUUCUAAUGGAAUCUACCUCCAUCGAGUACCGCGAAGAACAAAACUGCGAACUGACAAGGGUUGGGCACCCUUUGGAUAGCAAAGGAUAUGGAAUAGCGAUGCCAUUAAACUCAAAUUAUCGCACUAUGAUUAGCGAAGCCGUCCUGAAGCUUCAGGAGCAAGGUGUCCUCAACAAGUUGAAGAAAAAAUGGUGGAAGGACCACCUCAUUGCAACAAAGCGCAGCGGCAACUGCACAAACCAGGAAAACGCUGAAGAGGAGAACUCGAAUGAGCUAGGAAUGGAUAACGUUGGCGGAAUUUUUCUUGUGCUGUGGUGUGGCUGCGGGUUCGCCUUCCUCAUUGCCAUCUUCGAGUUCCUUUGGAACGUGAGAAAGGUUGCAGUUGAGGAAAAGAUUACCCCAGGAGAAGCACUGGCGGCCGAGUUUAAGUUCAUCGUGAACAUUCGAGCGGUCACUAAACCGGUUAAGAUGGCGAAGAGCAGUAGCACCACGAGUUCGGCAGUCGGUGGUUUUGAAAGAGCAGCUUCCACGGGAAGAUCCAUGGUGGGAUCCUUUCUGCGCCUCAACAUACUUGAUAAAUUUGACAAGGAAAACGGCAACAACAAAAGCAACGGUCACAAGAUCAAUUGAUGGCAAACUGAUAGGAAUGGCCCUGCCUUUAAAUGGAAAUUCAUCUGAACGUUAGGUUCGAGUCAAUAGCACGAAUUUUAGCAUUUGUCACCUAUUAUGGGUCACGCUGGGUGCGAGCUAGGAUGACUGUUCAGCCAAUAAAGGACUUUAUGGUGACUCUACUCGGGACCGUUGGUCAGUGCUGGGCAGGACAACUUAAUACCAAGCUUUCGACCAAAGGUCCCAGAAGACUAGGAAUGGCAUUAAAACUGGAGAUGGGACCAAUCCCAUAGCUCGGGACCACACCGAGAUUUGUGCCACCGUGGGGGCCCGGCGGCAACAUAGAACCGUGACUUUUCGGGCACGAACGCCGGCAUACUUUAUGGCGUCCAUAGACAAUGCAUUGUGUAUUCUUUUGCCGCUCUUAUCCGUAAUAUAUCUGUCAGGCGUGGCGACCCGAUGGCCCGAACCUGACCUCAAAAACGCCGACGGGUUCAUCGCGCGGGAAAACUUGAAAUCUUGAACGCGUCUUGUAUGGAAGCACUUUCAAAACCAGUCGUCCUUGUUACCGGUACGGAAAGUAAUACCAAAACGGAUGGACGAAGAGAGAGAACAAGAUAAUAGAUACGGGAUUCACGAAUUAUUUCCCGGUGACGAGAUAUACGUAAUAUGAUGUUCAUGGCAAAAUAUCUAACGAAAGUUUAUCUAUUCGACAAAAUGUUUAGGGGCAAAAUAAGUGACAGAUAGAGGUUUUCUAAAGUCCAUAAUUUAUUUAAUAGGUUCGUUACGAGUUCAGUACAGGCCGAACGUAAUAAGCACAGUAAUUGUCUAUAAUCACAUAAAUGGAUUACUGGAAAUAUGUUUUAUGUUUAAUACAACUAUUCGAAAUGAUGAAUAGAAGACUAUUUGGGCAUGUAUAAUUUAUAGUAAUUUAAUAAUGUUAACGACGUAUGAAGUGAAAUUUUUUCUAUAUAAGUAGGUACAAUUUUCGUAAUUUUUUUUACUAGCAAACUGUAAUAAAAAUAACGUUCAUCAUCCUACUUCCAUGACACUUCCAUUAAUGUUUUCUAAUUUCUUUUUAUGUUGUAUCACACUUAUAUGCAUUAGAACGAGCCUAAUGGUAUAUGGUAAUCGAAGAUAAGAUUGCGUAGAAUGCUAAGAAACAAAAAAACACGUUUUUUAAUUAUUGCCGAAGAUUGCUUUUUGGCAAAAGAAUAUUUAAAUUGCCUCACUGUACACCGGCGGGAAUCAUUACCCUAAAUCUUCAAACAUAAUUUAAUUGAAUAUGAAUCCCGUUAUGGAUAAAACCGUCAGCUAACGAUGCCGACACUCGCAGAUCCGAAUGUUAAACUUUCAUCGAAUAUUCAGCCAUACCGCUCGUUUAAUUCGAUUAUUUCAUUGCGGCGCUUCAGAACUACCGGGCUUAUUUUAUUCAAUAUACUCCAUAAAUCGAUUUUUUCAUAAAAACGCCGUGAGAGCGGUUUCGGGACUUCAAUGCGAUUACACGUGCUAUUUGCCGACGAAGGAAGCAUAAAUCUUCCUACCUCAUUAUCACGAUAUCUGGAAAGUUAUAAUAUUAAAAUGUUCAGGAAUCCCUGAGUAAUGGGGUAAUAAAGUUAUCGAGGCAAUUCAUCCUUUUUCAGGCUCUAGAAUGAAAUAUGUCGCGAUUAUGAUCGCGCAAUGUAACUCGGUGUCAUUUCCCGAAGCUUUUUGCGGGUAGAUUAAACGAUCAUCUUCGCAGCCAUUUUCAAGGAAAAUUUAUGACUCGGUUACAAUACUGCUAGCAAUUACGUACGAUACAAUAUCGUCCAAUAAAAACUGUACCCAAAAAGUAUUAGGACCGAGAAAGUUAAUGCGAUUCUUCCAUUACAGAAAGCUCCACCGGAAAGCGUACUUUUUGUUGUGAAAUUUCUGAUGGCGAUAAGUACACCACAUUUCGUAACAAAAAAUGUCUAUUACGCCAUAGUAACAAAUAAUCAAAGUUUCAAGUAUUUAAGCAACAAGGAAUUAAAUUUUAGUCGUGUUCUAAUCUCAACUGUAACAAUGAAGUCUAUAAAUAUAAUUAAUUUCUUACUUUUAA